AUGGAGAAAUGUACGUCCAAGCGAGAAGGUGCAGGUCUGAAUCAAAGUCUGUCAUCGGUCUACGUAUGGCCAAACGGAUUUGGAAGUCGUGAGAAACCAGAAUCCAGUCUAGACAAACUACCUGAAAAAGUCGUUGAGGAUAAAUCCGGCGAGUCAACUUCCUUGAUACAUGAGGUUCACUCAAAGCAGUCUGUUCAUUCGAGAGCCUCAAGGUAUAUUGGAUUAUCCCGACGAAGUAGUUUGGAUUUGAAAAAGAAAAGAAUAGCUCUAAAAAUAGAAAGACAACGGGAGCUACUAAGAAAAUCCAGAGAGCUAGAACUGGAAGAACAACAACUAGAAAAAAAGAACCGUAGAGAGUUGAAGAAGAAGGAAAUAGCUGAUAGUUUACACCUUCUUCAACUCGAAGAAGAAUUGCAUGAAGCCGAGAUAGAUGCCCAAGAAGAAGGCAGCAGUUACGUUCAAUCAGAAGCAAGAAGCGAAAAUAUCAGGAGAGAAUUAGUUGAAGAACAAGAACAAAGAAACAGAGUGUCUCAAUGGGUAGAUUACACAUCUGAACAAUUUCAUUAUGAUAGACAAGAAAAUCUGUCACGUAUUCCUGAAAAAACUGAGAAACCCAAUGAUGACAUACCCAAGGUCGAAGGACAAUUUCCCGUAGAGAAACCAGGAAAUAUCACAUCACAAGACAUACAACAGCUUUGCGGAACUGUGGCAAACGUUCUCAGAACGUUUUCUCUCCCAGCUUCAACAACUCAAAACCCAACGUCACUUGAAGUAAUGAAUCCAGAUAAAUUUCACAUGCGAAAAAUGUUAGAGAAGGAUUUUCCACAGUUUGAUGGCAGUCCCCAAGAUUGGCCCCUGUUCCAUAAGUCUUUCAAGAAUCUUCGCAAGUUUUGUGACUACAGCAAUGAAGAAUCUCUGCAUGCUGAAGCUGCAGAGAUUUCUAAAAGGGGAAGCAAAGACAACAGUUGCAGCAAUGAUGUUAACUGCCGAUAA